AUGUUGUUGAACAGUUCUUAUAAGAAAAGCCACCUUUGCUUAAACUGCAACGUUAGCCUACCUUUUACUGCCUGCCUAUCAAGCUACAACUGGCGCCUACUACGUACAAUCCGUCAUACUCUGUGGAUACGCUCACGCCUUGAAACAUUCACCAUGAGGAAACAACCAGGCGACCAAAACAAGAAUGAGAAUGGCACAUCCGCAACCGAGUGGGAGAUGGAGCGGAUUCAACGACACUGCGUCGUUGACGACACAAUCUACUACCACGUAAUUUGGAAACCGACCUGGGAAUCUGAAGACAGACUUCAGCACAUGCUACCCUCCAUAAUUGCUUGGAACAACUGCCAUGGCUACCCUGAAACCAGAAGAAAGCUGGUAAAUCAACUCGACCAUACUCUGGAAAACUGGUCAGGAGAGGUCAUCGGGAGGAAGAAUGUGGACGGCUUAGCUCACUAUAAGAUUCAAUGGGACACGACUAUAGAGCCGGAAGCCAAUCUAGAGAAUGCGACAGGUCUCGUGAAGGGAUAUUGGAAUAAAACACCCGAGGCCUAG